AUGGAAAACUUAAAAGUUUGCAGGCUUUGUCUUACUACUGAUAUUAAACUUAAUGUUAUUCAGUCAACUUCUUUGGAAUACUACUAUGAAUUAUUAACGGGAACAGAUCCUCUAUAUGAAUAUAAGAUGCCAACUUAUGCUUGCUACUUGUGUGUCGCUUUGUUGAGGAAGUAUUUUCUAUUUAGACAAAAAUGCUUAGAAGUUCAAAGUAUGUUGCAAAGGAUUGUCAUUGAAAAAGGACAGGUAACAAAAGCAGAUAUAACACAGAUUCAGAAAAAUCAUAUUAACAAUAUGGGGAUGACUCAUCAUGUGAUUAAUAUAGAUAUUGACAUAAAUUCAGCUACAUGUGAUACAAAAAUUGCAGAGAUAAUGAAAAAUGAAAUAAACCAUGAAAAGGUUGCAACAUUUAUGUUUAGUGAAGAUGACUUGAGCAUUAAAAGGGAAUUUGUCAAAACCCCAAUAAAGAAUGAAAUUUUCAUUAGAAAUAACUUUAGUAUUACUGAUAUAGAAGAUAUAAAGAAAGAAAUUAGUAUUCCCUCAGGAAGGGAUUUACAAAAGCAUGAUAAUUUGGAAAUAAAAAAUAAUGGACAAACAAAAAUUAAAUUAAAUUUAAGUGAUGAUAGUUUAAAAGGUACAGAGUCUUCAGAUGAUGACCAGAAGUUAGUAAAUUUGGUAAAUAAAAGUAAAGUAAAGACAAAAUCAAUAAUAGGAUUAAGAAGAAAAGAAAGAUCUCAAAGAAUCAAGCAAACAAAGAAAAACAUACCUACUAUUCAUGAUAAGGAUUUAGAGGAAUUUGUUAUAUUUAUUUAUUUGACGAAAGAAGAACAAUUGGAAGAGUUAAGAAAGCGUCGAGAAUCUGAAGAGUUCCGGCAAUCUCAACACAAAUGUGAUAAAUGUUGUAAGACAUUCCUGAAUGAACAAUCUGCUUCAAACCAUGCAGUUAAACAUGACGAGUCACGGGGCAGUUUGGAGUGUGACAUUUGUAAGCUGCGUUUCAAGACCCGACGCAAGUUUAGCCAGCAUUACUCGAUGCAUCCACGGCGCUAUGUCUGCAGAAACUGUCCUAGAGUGCUUAGUUCACUCUACCAAGCAAGAUUACAUGUUCGCUAUCAUCAAGGGGUGAAGUAUAAAUGCCCACACUGUGAGGAAGUGCAUGUUAAUAAAUCAACGUACUUAAACCAUUUACGCAGUAAGCACCCCGCGGACUUUACGUGCGAAUUGUGCGGCGCCGCGUUCGUUACGCAACAUGGCCUCAAUCGGCAUAAAAAGGCGAAACAUCGAAAUGAAAAUUCGAGCGAAGCGGACGCACGGCGCUGCGAACUGUGUAACAUUCAGUUCGCGAAUGUAAAGGCUUACGAACGACACAAGAUCACAUCCCAAAAGCACGCUGAUAUCACAAACCAGUUCAGUUGCCUUGAAUGCGGAGAAGUAUUCUCGACGAAUGAUGACAGGCGUGAUCAUGCGCGACUCAAGCAUAAGCGCGAUCUUAAGCUUGGCCCAGAAGACUGCACUUGGCCUAUACAAUGUCCUCAUUGUCCAGAAAAGAUACCGAAUGCAAUGGCGAAUUGGUCUCACUAUAGAGAGCGUCACCCUGACAAGAAAUAUCCUGUUAGGGACCACCACGUGUGUCAAUAUUGCGGAAAGGGAUUUGCGACAAAGGCUGGUUUGGAGUCGCAUAAAGCGAGUCACAGUAAUGAAUACGCGCACAAAUGCAGUGUUUGCGGCAAGGGUUUUCGUCACCGUGAUGGGAUGAUGAAGCACCAGAAAAGCGUCCAUUCAGAUACGAGACCUCAUAUGUGCUCGCUCUGUGGAAGGACGUUCAAAUUAAACAGCGCUCUUGUCAAACAUCAACGGACUCAUACAGGUGAGCGACCAUUCAAGUGCGAAGAAUGUGGAAAGUCCUUCGGCUUCAGCACUACACGUAAUAUUCACUACCAAACAGUUCACUUAAAACUGCCUAAUCCUUAUGAUCGUUCACGUAAGAAAAAGCUUGCAGAAACUAUAAAAUAA